UAUAUAGUGGUGUACGAACAUCGCUCAAGGCUUGAACGCUCUUUACAAAAAGAAAAGGGUGAACACAAGAAAACGAAAGAAGAUUAUUUAGUCUAUAAACUGGAGGCACAGGAGGCCUUGAACAAAGAGAAGCAAGAUUCUAUGAAUCGCUAUGGGGCCCUAAGCUCGCAGCACAAGAUUCUUAAGAACCAGAAUGAGGAGAUGAAGAAACAGUUAACUGAUUUACAAGUGCAGCAUAGUAAUCUAAAGCUGGAACACCGCAAAAUCAUUGAGCUGCGCAACCAGCAAAUAUCUCAGCUCCAGAGAGACAAAGAUAAUGAAAUUCUCAACCUGCAAGAUACUAUAUCGAAACUGCGUGAGGAAAGUAAACUUCUCAGGAAGGCACACCAAGAUGUCCACUCACAGCUUCUUAGUGCCCAGGCUCAAAUGGAAGAAUUCAGACAGCUGAAGGAUGCCUUGAAGAAAAUGCCAAGUUUCAAAGACCCGGGCACACAAAAUCAACAUUCUCUGCCCUCCUAUACACAGAAUCUGAACAAACCUUUGGCUCGGGUGCCCCAGAGCUCCCUGAGAAAUGACAGGAGGGAAGACCGUGUCCCUGGAGGGGCAGCCCAACAUGUAAAGCAGGCUUCCCAGGCACAGACCACAUCACAGAGCGAUUCUUUGCUUCAUAGUCCCACUGCACAUCUGGUAGCCCUGGGACCGGGAGCACACAAUAACAGCCACAUGGGGAAAUUUACCAGGACAGUUAACAGCCUGCAAGGCCACAAGGAGGAUGAGAAGCCAGCUGUGUCGCCACAUGUCCAGCAGCCACCCCAGCACCCAGCCGUUCACAGAGGAGCCCUGCCUGACCUGCCAAGAGCUCUGGGAAGAAAAACGCCCACCGCGAAUGUUCUAGCUGCCAAAGAACAAGUGCCGGUUCACAGCUGGCAGGACAUUGUUAGCAAAGUGAAUGCAAGGAUGACUAAAGAGGAAAGCAAUAAAAUUGAUGGUCUUGUCAAAGCCCAAACACUCCGUGCCAAUGUAGCUGUUGGAAAGUGGGAGAAUAAGGCAAUGCAUCAUGGCUACCUGAGACGAAUUGGCGAUAAUGAGGCAGAAAUGGAUGCUGGUGUGAUUGACAGAGAGGAUGGCCCUCCACCUCCGAAGCAACACGUAGGCCAGGAGGCUCUGGCUCCAGAAGAUGCUGCUGAUCCAGCCAAAGACCCCAACAAUCAGGGUGAAGAUGAGUAUGAGGAGGCUGAAAUAGAUAGACCAGCAUUUGAGGAGAAAGGAAAUGUUGAAAAGCAACCAGUUGAACCAGAGGUGGAUAGGAAGCCAAUGGUACCUGUCGCUGAGCUGAAAUCCAGAGAAGAAGCAGAAGACCGAUAUCAGGAUGACCAGGAACAGGAAAUUGAUGAGCGGGGUGGAGAACGGGAGAACGGUGAUGACUUGGAACUAGUGCAAGAUGAAGGGGUAGAAAAACUGGAUACGAGGAACAGAAAAGAAGGCUAUUACUGAUCAU